GAUCUCUUGGAAGUACAGUGACAGUUCAGGCAUCGGCUCUCUCCUGCCCAACAGAGUGUGAUUACGCGAGGCGAAAUCAGGGAUUGGCAGAGAUAUCAAUUCUGGGAAUGCGUUAGUCACACCGGCACAAGCGAAAGUGGGUGGCGGUUAAAGGAACAUGACAUCAUUAUUAGUUCCCUCCAAGAGAACAGAGUAGCAAAAAUGACAACGAAAGACAUCCCUGUGUCCUGGAAGUGGGAUUUGACACACUAUCGGCAGUGCUACGACUGGGACUGCGGACUCUCUUGCAUCCUCAUGAUACUCCCCGACGAGAAGCGCAGAUUCUUCGCAGAGAACUUUUCCCAAGUGUGCUCUGAAGAGGGCUUUGGCAAUAGCACGUGGACAAUUGAUCUCUGCUAUGUGUUGAAGCGCUUCGGGGUGCGUCACAAGUACCUCACGUCCACAAUUGGCGUCAAUGUUGGAUACUCUCAGCACUGCUACUAUGACAAGAUCCUGCACAAGGACAGCGAGAGGGUGACACAUCGCUUCCGCAGUGCUCAGGAUCAGGGCAUCGUGCUGGAGGAGAGACAAAUCACCUCAGAUGCUCUCAUACGACACCUCGCUCUCAACGGACCGGCCAUUCUCCUCACCAACGCCUCUCUCUUGCCCUGUGAUAUCUGCAAGUCGAACAAGCUGCGUUUGUGCUUGCCCUGGAAGACCAGCUUCAAGGGUCACUACAUCGUCGUGUGCGGCUACAUACUGACUCUCCGGAAGUUCUUCUUCCGCAAUCCCGCCAUGAAGGACCACCUCUGCAUGACCUCCUUCGCCAAUCUCCACGAGGCUCGCACAUCCUACGGCACAGACGACGACGUGAUCCUCAUUUACAGUCAGGAGGAGUUUGCGAAGGAUCAGGAAAAGUCUUCGUGAGCUUCUCUUCA